AUGGAUAUUCUUACAAUAUACAUCUGCAUUGCCGCUGGGGUCGCAGUAAUAUUUUGGCUGCGCCGGCUACUUUACCGUUUCCUCUUCCACCGUGCCCUACAACCUUACCUGAUUCAACGUUGGUGCUUCUUUGAACCAAUCACCCGCUGGAGAGCCGUUCUCUGGGUUGUUCACUGGGCUACCACUUUGAUAUGCAAUUUCAUUGGUGUAAAAGAUCGCCAGGAAGUCAGUUCAAGAGCAGGAACCCUUGCCAUGCUUCAUUUUGUCCCACUAUUUUUCACUCGGCAAUUCAGCUUUGCUGCUGAUCAGUUGGGAAUCUCUCUUGCAGCACACCGCCAUCUACAUCAGGCUCUUGGAAUUAUGGCUGUUCUUCAAGCAGCUCUGCAUGUAUCUGUUGUCCUUUGGGAUAAAGUUAUGGAGUUCAGUGACCGGGUUUUACGCUUUGGUUUCGUGGUUGUGGAAGUACUGAAACGGUCAGGUGUUGUGGAGCUGACUUUCUCCCCUUCCCGGCCUUGGAAGGUACAAGCUGCUGCUACAGUGUCUGUGAUUGUGAGAGUUCAGUCUGGGCUAUCUAUGGCGUUGGCUCUAACCCCACAUCGACGACUGCGAGCCAUUGUGGACGGGCCGUAUGGAGGUGCAAGGCAGCGAGAACACUGGGAUGAAAUGAAGUUUCAUGAUUCAGUGAUGUUGUUUGCAACAGAUAUUGGCGUGGCUGGCCAAUUACCAUAUGUGCGGGAUCUGCUGCGAAUUUUUAUUUCAGCUGGAAAAUCAAUGGUGGAUCGUGGUGGAGGGCUACGCAGGUAUCGCAUCACCUUGCUGUGGGAGAUUAGUGAGGAGUGUUAUCAAAAUUGGGUUCGUGAUUGGAUUGAUCAAUUGUUUGAGGAGGAUGACAAGUCUUUGAUUCUGCAUUUUGUCGUAUACAUCAUCAAUCGCCCGGAUUCUGAUGCAGACAGAGCAAAACUUUUCCCAUCUCGUGGAAGAGUGUUUCAUGAAAGAAUGAAUGUGGAGCAAAUUAUUGCAAGAGAGCUAGCUGAAUGGGAUGGAAAGAUUAUUGUUACUGGUUAUCUCCGCCAAUUCGGUAGUGCGGGAUGA